GGCUUCCAGGGCACCGCGGGCCCAAGGCUCCCUCCGAGGAAACCAUGGAGGCUGGCGGCCUCCCACUGGAGCUGUGGCGUAUGAUCUUAGCCUACCUGCACCUUCCUGACCUGGGCCGCUGCAGCCUGGUUUGCAGGGCCUGGUAUGAACUGAUUCUCAGUCUCGACAGUACUCGCUGGAGACAACUAUGUCUGGGUUGCACCGAGUGCCGCCACCCCAACUGGCCUAACCAGCCUGAUGUGGAGCCUGAGUCUUGGCGAGAAGCUUUCAAGCAGCAUUACCUUGCCUCCAAGACCUGGACCAAGAAUGCCCUGGAUUUGGAAUCCUCUGUCUGCUUUUCUCUGUUCCGUAGGAGAAAGGAGCGACGUACGCUCAGUGUUGGUCCAGGCCAUGAGUUUGACAGCCUGGGUAGUGCCUUGGCCAUGGCCAGCCUGUAUGACCGAAUUGUACUAUUCCCGGGUGUGUACGAAGAACAAGGUGAAAUCAUCCUGAAGGUACCCGUGGAGAUUGUGGGCCAGGGGAAGUUGGGUGAGGUGGCCCUACUAGCCAGCAUUGACCAGCACUGCUCAACCACACGCCUGUGCAACCUGGUCUUCAUGCCAGCCUGGUUCUCACCCAUCAUGUAUAAGACCACUUCAGGUCAUGUCCAGUUUGACAACUGCAAUUUUGAGAAUGGACACAUCCAAGUCCAUGGCCCCGGGACCUGCCAGGUGAAGUUUUGCAUCUUCAAAAACACCCACGUUUUCCUGCACAAUGUGCCCUUGUGUGUCCUGGAAAAUUGUGAAUUUGUGGGCAGUGAAAACAACUCGGUGACAGUUGAGGGUCACCCAUCAGCAGAUAAGAACUGGGCCUAUAAGUAUCUGCUGGGGCUUGUCAGAUCCUCUCCCAGCUUGAUCCCCAAAGAGGACACGGACUUUUUAAUGUCCCUGGACCUGGAGAGCCGCGACCAGGCCUGGAGCCCAAGGACUUGUGAUAUUGUCAUUGAGGGCAGCCAAAGCCCCACCAGCCCAGCCUCCAGCUCCCCAAAGCCGAGCUCCAAGGCUAGUUCCCAGGAGGCUGAAGUGGGCAGCGAUGCGGAAAGGGUGGCCCAGACCCCAGACAGCAGCGAUGGAGGCCUGAGUCCCAGCGGUGAGGGUGAGGAGGAGGAUGAAGAACAGCUCACGUACAGACUGUCCUACCAGGUACAGGGCCCACGUCCUGUCCUGGGAGGUUCCUUUUUAGGCCCACCACUGCCAGGAGCCUCCAUUCAGCUACCCAGCUGCCUGGUGCUGAACUCACUGCAGCAGGAGCUACAGAAGGACAAGGAGGCCAUGGCACUGGCCAGCUCCGUGCAGGGCUGCCUCAUCCGCAAGUGCCUCUUCCGGGACGGGAAAGGAGGCGUCUUUGUCUGCUCCUAUGGCCGGGCCAAGAUGGAAGGAAACAUCUUCCGCAACCUGACUUAUGCAGUGCGGUGUAUACAUAACAGCAAGAUUGUCAUGCUCAGGAACGACAUUUAUCGCUGUCGAGCGUCAGGCAUUUUUCUUCGCUUGGAGGGAGGAGGCUUGAUCGCAGGCAACAACAUUUACCACAAUGCGGAAGCUGGUGUUGACAUUCGGAAACGGUCCAACCCACUCAUUCUGUGUAACCAGAUCCACCAUGGCCUUCGUUCUGGCAUUGUUGUCCUUGGCAAUGGGAAAGGCAUCAUCAGAAACAACCAAAUCUUUUCAAAUAAAGAGGCUGGCAUUUACAUCCUGUACCAUGGAAAUCCAGUUGUAAGUGGGAACCACAUCUUUAAGGGCCGUGCAGCCGGCAUAGCAGUGAACGAGAAUGGCAAAGGCCUCAUCACAGAAAAUGUCAUCCGGGAGAAUCAGUGGGGAGGUGUGGACAUCCGCCGGGGAGCCAUCCCGGUCCUCAGGAGCAACCUCAUCUGCUUUGGCUACUCAGACGGUGUGGUUGUGGGAGAUGAAGGCAAAGGACUGAUAGAGGGGAACACCAUCUAUGCUAACAAGGGCUGUGGUGUUUGGAUGAUGUCAUCCAGCCUACCCCACGUCACCAGCAAUCACGUGAGCUACAAUGGCCUGUAUGGAGUGGCUGUGUUCAGCCAGAAGGACGGCAUCAGUGAGUUUCCUGGAGGCCAUGGGGCCCAGGAGAACUUCAGUGAGGACGGGGAUGCCAUCCUCUGGGAGACAGAGCUGGAGAAGGAGGACGACCCACUGUGCCGGCCCAUCACCAUUGCUCUGGUGGAGUCUAACAGUAUUAAUCACAAUGGAGCCUCGGGACUCUAUGUCCAAAGCAGUGAGGUGCUGCACGUCAUCUCCAAUGUGAUCCAUGCUAAUGGGGACAGAGGCAUCUCUGUGGCCCAGAGUGGCCAGCUCACCCGAGUGGCCAACAACAGCAUCUCCUGCAACCGCCAGAGUGGAGUCAAGGUGGAGACCCAGUGCAAGGUGGAGCUCCGGGGCAAUGGCAUCUAUGACAACAGGGGCCAUGGAAUCAUCACCAAGGGCGAGAGCACUGUUGUCGUUGAAAAUGACAUCAUUGGCAACCGCGGCAGUGGGCUGCAGUUGCUGCCCAGAUCUGACACUAAGGUAAUAAAGAACCGAAUCCAUUCAUUCCGGGCCUACGGCAUCGCAGUGCGGGGCCGUGCCAAGGCCUUGGUGCAAGAGAACAUUAUCUUCCAGGGCAAGAACAACAAGACCAUCUUUCAGCAGAUCACAAACAACCGAGAAUGCAUCAUGCAAAACAACAAGUUCCUGGUCUUCAAGAAAAAGUCUGAUACAUGGCGCCUGGUGAACCCCCCAGCACGGCCUCAUCUUGAAAACUCUCUCAGGGGCCCUUCUGCAGCCCACGGUGGGCAGAAGGUGGCGGCCAUGGCAACCAGGAUCACAGCCCGUGUGGAAGGUGGAUACCACAGCAACCGUAGCAUCUUCUGCACCAUCCUGUAGGGUUGGAGACCCAACAAAGGCCCUCAGACUGGAAGUAGUGCCUGAGAAGACUUGUAGGCCCUCCCCUCUUAAUCACCGCCACCUCCCCCCCCUGGAAAAGCAGGCCAACGUAUCUCUAGACCCUUCAGAUCGACCAGCCUCAGCAGGAAUGAACUUGGAAGCACUUUCCAAGGAGAAAAAGGAACGGAAGUUAGAGGUUUCUCAUCACGCAGCAUUUAGAGAUUAUGAAGAGUUGGGAAAGCACCCUGAAGCUUUUAUUGAGGUCAGGAUUCUUCAGUUACAGGAAACCUUGCUUUAUACACACCAAACCAGGGAAACACAGGUGGACUUCAGAUUCUGGACCCAACCCUCUUUGGUUCCCUCCCGGGGUUGCACAGCCUCUUAACUGCCUCUGGAAGCCAUGGCUGCAUUUGGCUCACUGAACGAUAUAGACUUGGACAUAGCUUUGUGAGCGGAAGAGGAGCCCCUCUUAAAAGGCUGCCCAGGGAUGACAUGGGAACGUGCUACAAACUGGCAGGUGACAAGAUGGCUUUCUUCAGGUAUGUAGACAGGUGCUAGCUUGGAAAUGCAAGAAGCUCGGGACAUUAGCUCCAUGUUUGCCACAGGGUCCCCUGUGAGCACACACAGCGGCUGUCCCUCCUGGCUCGUUUGUCCAGAUGAAGGUGCCUGGGUCUUCAGCUGUCCACAUCCUUAUGGGUGACCACCUGCCUUUACUCACCCCAUCAUGUUGCCUAUUCUGUGCCUUGGCUCAGCUUACCCUAUCCUGGCAUGCCCUUCCCUGCCAUCUCCUGGUGUGCAGGCGAUAGCUCAGACACUGCCAUCUCUACCUGGUUCUCCCCCUUGCUCCCAAGGGCCAUGUCUCCUCCUCUGAACCUCAGCAGCCCUUCCUCUGUUCCCUCAGGGCACUGAGCACUUUCUGCCUUGUUUCAAAACUAUUUGGGUCCAUACCCAGCCCCACCCACUUGUCUGUGAACUCUGAAGGUAGGGCCAUAUCUGACUGUGUCCCUAAGUCCCAGGCCAGAGCUGAGUUAAGGUUAGUGGCCUGAGUGAGGCACCCAGCUCCCAAAGGACUUUACUAACCUGUACUGUGAAUGUUCCAGAAGCAGGUGGGCUUGGACCCUACUGCCUAAGGGGGCUGGAUGCAGGGCCAGCUCUGCCUCAAUCAUCUCCCUCCUGCUCAGCCUUUAAUGCAGGGCCUUCCUCAGCCUGUUGGGGUCACUGUCCUAUCCUGGUCCUGAUGGCUUCCCAGGCUGGUUCUGCCAGGCCCUCGGUGCUGCUGUGUUGGGUGGGUGGGAGCGCAGGAACCAGGAACACUGGCUUCUCCCUGAAGACUCUGGACACGAGCACUGGUCCCUCCAUCCCCAGCACUGUCCUUUGCACUUGGUGGCCCCAAUGUGAGUCGCUGUAUAAAAUGCUGCCUUUGUUAUUUUGUAAAAAAUGACUUUUCUGUGAACCAGGUACUUAUGAACAUCUCAAUAACCAAAAUAAAGUUCUAUAUUCUUUAUUU